CGUCCGAAGAUGAUCGAUGAUCAAGAUCUGGGUUUCUUUGCCAAUUUUCUUGGCGUCUUCAUCUUUGUGCUGGUGAUAGCAUACCAUUUUGUUAUGGCUGACCCAAAGUUUGAAGGGAAUUAGGAAAGCUUUUUAAGUUAAUGAUGUAAUUUUCGUUUUGUAGACUGAGAUGUUUUGCUAAUAGAUAUUCGAUUUCAUGCUAUCAAGACUAAAGGUUUCUUGCUAUACUCAUGUGCGAUAACAUAAACUUUGUUUGUUUUCAUGAAACUUUGGUUGAAAAAGUAAUGAAAAUACUGAAUUUAUAUUGAGAUUA